GCGGGUUUAAAAGGAAUCAACAUUCUAUAUACAUCAUGAAUGACAAUAGAAUAAUAUUAAAUCCAAUUUAUCAUUUAUUUAAUUGUUGAUCUGGGAAUACACAUGUGGGUAACAGUCACCUGGGUUAUUCAGUAAAUAUCUGACACUAGUCAACGUUGUCAGGCUGCACUUGAAGUGUUUACCAGCUGGAUUAUGUGAAAAUAUAUCUAUGGAAAUUGAAGUAUUGAUAUCAGUUACUACCGGGUCAAGACAUUUUAAAAUGGGUCAUUUAUUGCAGGAAUCAUCAACAUAUCAGAAUGCUUUCUGAAAAUAAAGAUCUACAUCUAUAUAGGGAUUAAAGCUGCCUGAUAACACUUACUUUUAUUCUAUAAGAUAGUUUCAUUGAUCAUCAGUAAGAAUAGACUAAUCAAUACGAAGUGUUGUGGGUGAAAUCUUAGAUACCCUAAUACCUGCCGGAACCAGUCUCUAACAGAAACUUCCGCAAUGUCUCCAGGCGUCAGGUCUCAAACUUUCAUAGCUUUUCUUUCAAUAUAAUCUUAACGAAUAACUUUAAUGGUGUAUGACUGGUACUCAAUUGAAACUUCGAUCGCAGACUAAGCAUUACGAUUCCACAACACCUCCACUAUGUCAUGAUGAUACGUUUCAAACUGAUUUUCGAUACCAAAUCUGCCUCUAAGAAGACCUAAAGUAAUCGAUUUCAUUGACGAGUGUCACAUUUUUGUAUCAAAGUCAUAUUUGACUGUGUAUUAAUUCAAGUAAUUUCGUCAGUCAUGGUAACUAAGGGCUCUUUAUUAUCAUUACUGUUAUUAUCAAUAAUAAUAUUGUUAUUGUUAAUCUUUUCAGGUUUUGGUUUGCAAGGACUUGGUUGAUUUCAAGAUUGGUCAUGAACUGACUUCAAUUAGAGAACCGUUUAAUAUCAUGGAGUACGGUACAACUGCUUCAUCCUUGUUUUGAGCUCCUCAGAAGUACGUCCCCAUAAUCUCACUAUAGAUAGAACCAUAGAUCUUCAGAUUACAAGGCAAGCUCGUAAACCAUAUUGCGAAUUGCCAGAAGUUAGAAUUAAUAGGCCAUUGGACUCUGUCCCAAUGUCUGAAUGGUAUAUGAGCUCGCAUUGUAACCUGGUGGUAGCGGAUUCUAUCACUGGUGUGUACUAUUGAAGAGCCCCAAAUGAGAGAGAAACAACUGUUCAUUACUCUGUCGUUUUCAGUGGUUCCCUAACUGAAUGAAGCUGUUACAGAAUCUCUCACAAAAGACAAGACAAAUUUAUUGAGCGAAGAAGCUUUUCAGAAUGGUCAAAAGCAAGGUAGUAGGUCGGAUGAAUCAAAUAAAAAAUGUAAGUCAAAUUCAUCAUUCGAUGAAACAUAUGACACUUCCGAAGAAGCAAACAGUGAGAUUGCUGAGGCAGAAUACACAAGUAGUCAGAAUAAAAGCCCAAUAUUUCGUGGAUCAGCUUAUUCACAUGCAAAGUUUUUGACAGGUGGUAGUGACACAAGUCAAAAAAAUAUGUCAGACAAGUCCGAUAAAAAGAAAGCAAAAGAAGCACAGUCAGACGAAAACAGUGAGAAUAGAGAAAAACAAUCACUUUCACCUUCUGGUGACAGUACAGACUCAACCAUAAGCAAACCUUAUUACCAGUUCUCUCAGAAUUCUCCUGUAAUACAAACUGUAAAUGCUAAAAGGCUUACAAAAGUGAAAAGAACCGAACAUACACUUCAUAAUGAGCUUAAUAGUGAUAUUUAUAAUAGAAAUAAUGAGUGUGUUCAUGUUGCACAAAUUACAAAUGCUUUGAAAUCCUUUGACGCGAAAAUGCGUUGUCUCCAUAUUCGUCCACCAUGGAGAGAUCCAAAUUCGAAACCCCUACCAAGUGACAGGACAACUGCAGUCUACAAAAUGUAUGAAGAUUAUUUAAAAUGUCAAAACCAGCGCCCGUUUUCAAAAUUAGAACGUUCAACGUCCCAAUGUAUCAAUGAUAAGAUAGCCGUGCAUAGAUUGUACCACUCAACAUUGAAUCGCUAUCGUCAAAAUGAGAAGAUCCAAAUGGAGAACUACGAAUUGGCUAAGCGUCUACAGAAAAUUCGUCCUACAACCGGUAUGACAAGAGAAGAACAACUAAGAGAUUAUAAAAAGUAUUUUGUUACACCGAAUUCAUCUGACGCCUAUUCGAAGACAAUAUUACCUCCACAUUAUCAACGAGAUUCAUAUAUAAAUCAUAGCACAUCAUCCAAGAAUAAAAAUAGUACAAAAAUUAUGGACCCAAAACCGAGAGAUUUUAUAAUCGAUUCACGUCAAACAACGUCUAGUUUCAGUACUAGUGUACGUCCACUACAAGGAAACUACAACCAAAGUCAAAUGAACAUCAGUUGUAUUAAAAAAAAAGAGCAAAGUUGCUGAUAGAAAAACAAAUCUAGAAAAUUCCCUCGAUCCGAAACAAAAAGAAGCGUCAUCUACAAGAUUUUCACAUAAUCAUGAAAUCAAGAAUUCUAAAGAAAAGCAUAAACAUAUAUUUUCUGAGAUAAUAUUUAACAACCAUACUUCAUUGUCACUAGAAUCGUUUCAGUCAUGCACAGCUUUUGUCAACGCUUAAAAAUUGAAUGAUAAUACAAUGACGACCACACAUUUUGUUUACUUUUGCUCACAUGGAUAUUAUGAUGAUGUGAUAUUUUGUUAGCAGAAUGUAAAAUAAACACUAUUCUUUUUGUCCACAAUGCAUGACACUAACACACACUUGUUUGAAGAAAUGAAAAACUAUGUUAAUUACUGAAUGACUGACUGACAUUAUUUGUUCGACUAGCCAGCUACCAACUUCCUCAAAUACUCUAACAAAAAUGGGAUUAUUGUUUUGAUAAAUUUCAUUUCAAUCCCCUUACUUAUUAUUUUAUCAUCACUUCAUUCUCAGCUUUCUUAAAGCAUUCUGUGGUAAGAAAAAUAGUUUUGGGGGAUAACGAUGUUUCUUUACAAAGAAGUUGUUUUCACUUACACUUGUAUUUAUUAACUAUGCUUUAAAAUGUUUGAAGUGUAUCCAUUCAACCUAUUUCAGUCUCUGUUGAUUGCUUAUUAGAGUAUAGACUGAUUUCAUUUUUGUGAUACGUCAGUGAGUGAGUAGUGACAAAAACUCUCUGUAAGUUAACUUAAUGUGCUAAGUAUAGAACUACAUAUUUAAAAAAGUAAGAUCUUUUUCAAUACAAAAGUGAUCAAUUGACAGGUUUUCCACUAUUGUUAACUAUUUGCAAACCAUCUGCUUUCACUUUGUGAUAAUCAGUGAAUGUUUACUUCCUUUUAUAACCUUUACAAGCAUUGCUUAUUACUGAUAUGAUUGAAGUCUGUGUUCUUUUAACAGUAGGAUGAAACACUAUAAAUUAUAGUUAGUGUUGCCUGGGAGAGCGAAAGUCACUUCAUUCCUUGUAUUAUUGUACAUGCAGUUGUUUUGCUUAAUCGAGGUAAUAGUAAGGAGUAUGUCUUUUCACUAAUAUAUAUCAAGUUUGUAUCACCUAUUUUUAUAUUGAAAAAAAAGUACAUUACCUGUAGUUGUAUUAAAUAGAACAGCUUGUUUAUC